AGAGGAUUAGAUUCUCUUCUCAGAACAGCCAGAGAAUCGGAGAAAGAAGUGGAGGAGACUGGAAACCUCAGUCCCCGGAGGAGAGGAAUGCCGAGAUUGUGACUCUGUGAGUGUUGAGUGAUCACAGUCUCUUUUCAUCUACUAUUUCUUCGCCUUUUCUCUCGUAAAAGAAUUAGCUACAGUGCAAAGUGGGGACUCAAAAAGCUAACAGUGGAGAGUGCGGACUCAAAAAGAUCAGUGAGCAUAAAGGGAACCCAAGUUGUGCUUUGCUCUUUCCAUUAUUCCAUAUCUCUACUACUCUCUCCUUCCACAAUAUGAAGCAGCCCCAGAAAAAACAAGCAGAGCUUCUUUGGCCGAGAGUAAUUUUGAAGAAAUGGCUCAACCUCAGCUCCAACGAGUCCGAUUUCAGCGCAGAUCCUGAUGAAGGUGACAGCAGCUCCGAUUCUGAUGAUGAAGAAUUUUUUUGUUGGGGACAAGAUUCGUUCUCCAAAAAAGGAGCCCCUGAAACUCGUCCCAAGCGGAGGAGACGGAAUUCAGAAACCAUUCGAGCUCAAUACAUAAAAGCCAAAGAACUCAGGAUUUGUGUAGGGACAUGGAAUGUUGGGGGCAAACUUCCUCCUGAUGACCUAGACAUCUCAGAGUGGCUAGAAACGGAUGAGCCUGCCGAUAUGUAUGUGAUAGGUCUUCAGGAGAUCGUCCCAUUAAACGCAGGAAACAUCUUUGGUUCUGAGGAUAGCCGCCCUGUUCCAAAAUGGGAAUGUAUUAUUCGUGAAACACUGAACAGAAUUCAACAUGAGAAGCCAAAGUAUAAAUGCUACAGUGAUUCUCCUUCACCAUCAAGGUUCAAGGCAUCCGAUGAUGUCCGCGAUAUCGAAGAUGAAAUCCUUACUGAAACUGAUAGUGAUGGAGAUGAGGAAGUAUAUCCAUUGGAUGAAGAAUUUAGUGAUUCUAAUGAAGUCAAGAAUGGAACCACUACAAGUGAGAAUGAGUUUAUACGAUCUGAAGCUUUAAAUUCCACUGAAAAUGCGGAUAUAGUCUCAUCAGAAGAACAUGAUAUACAGAGACAGUUUUCUUCCCCAAAGAAAUUAGAUAGGUUAAAUUGCUUUAGGACGGAGGACUCCAUGGAAAAUCCAGAGCCAUCAGUUCCCCAGCAGAAAGGAAUAUUAUCUAAAACACUUAGUAGGACUGAAAGGAUUGGUUUGAGCUGGCCUGAGCCACCAAUGGACUUGCUAGCUAAGCAUGUUUUAGAGAGACCAAAUUCCUUCAAAUCAGUAAAGUCUUUCAAAGAAUCUAAGUCUUUCAAAACAUCUUAUUCCUUCAAGUCAUCUAGAUGUGGGGAUUAUCGAGGGGCAUCAGAGACAGCAUUGCUUGCUGAUAUUGAUCUGGAAACCAUUAUACGCCGCAAAAGAUCACCUUUUGUAAAAUUAGUUAGCAAAAAAAUGGUUGGGAUUUUUGUUUCUAUAUGGGUUCGUAGAAGCUUGCGUAGGCAUAUUCGGAACCUGAAAGUGUCUACCGUUGGUGUCGGUGUCAUGGGCUACAUCGGUAACAAGGGAUCAGUAUCAGUGAGCAUGUCUAUAUAUCAGACACUCUUCUGUUUUAUUUCUAGUCACCUAACAGCAGGUGAAAAGGAGGGGGAUGAACAUAAAAGGAAUACUGAUGUGCACGAAAUACAUCGGAGGACACAUUUCAAUCCAGUUUCUGGUAUCGGAUUUCCGAAGAACAUCCUUGACCAUGAAAGAGUUAUCUGGCUUGGGGACCUAAAUUAUCGUAUCAACUUAUCAUAUGAGAAGACACGGGAACUCAUAUCCAAAAAAGAAUGGUCCAAGUUGAUUGAGCGGGACCAGCUCAUACGAGAACUGAGAAAAGGUCGAGCAUUUGAUGGAUGGUCAGAAGGUACUCUAAAUUUUCCACCAACAUACAAGUAUGAGUUUAAUUCGGAGAAGUACUAUGGGGAGGAUCCAAAGGCUGGGAGGCGUAAUCCAGCAUGGACUGAUCGGAUCCUUUCAUUUGGAAAUGGAAUGAAGCUGUUGAACUAUAAGAGGGCUGAGCAUACACUUUCUGAUCACCGGCCUGUGACUGCCAUCUACAUGGCUGAGGUUGAGGAAUUCUGUCACAGGAAGCUCCAAAAGGCUCUUACAUUCACAGAUGCAGAGCUGGAAGAUGAAGUUAUUGCAGAUAUGGAACUUGAUGUUGGGAUGAGCCGGCUAAGGUUUUGAGAGGCUUUAUCUCAAGCACCACCCUCUCUCAAAGUAUAUCGUUUGCUUACUGAUGUAGGAUAUAUGGAGCAAUAAGAUACAUACAGAGUGACGCUUUAACAUUCUUGAAGACUCGUUUGGAUGAGUUCUGACUGAUUUAUGAGACAGGCAAUUGGUUUUUCUUUAACUAUUCUUGGGAUUGAUCAUUACCCUAUCAAUGAUGUACGUUUCUACUAUGUUCAUGUGUACAUUUAAAUGCCUAGUGGGUUGCCUUUUUUUUGGGUGUUGGUGGGGGUUUUUUUUUCUUUUGGGGGGGGGGGGGGAGGGUGGAGGUACUAGGAUAGCCUAAUUAAGUGUGACAGAGAUUGUCUUACAUGCGUGGAUAUCCUUUUGUAUAUAACUUGUACGAUGUGUAAUGUAUUGAAAAGAGCAUACAAUUAUUUGGUUUUAGUUACAA